GUCACGGGAGCUGUCCGCGUCUGUAGUGCUGCUCUGGUUUCAUUGAACGGCUGCGCGUGCGAGUGUGUUUAUGGACGCGAUGGAAGAAGAACUGAAAUGCCCGGUUUGCGGAUCUCUCUUUAAGGAGCCGAUUAUUUUACCGUGCUCUCAUAAUGUCUGCCUGGCGUGUGCCCGGAAUAUCAUCGUACAGACCCCGGAGGGAGAGACCCCUCCGCAGAACCGAUGCUCCGGUGUUGACUAUGACUAUCUGGAUAUGGACAAGAUGAGCAUGUACAGCGAGACGGACAGCGGCUACGGCUCAUACACGCCGUGCCUGAAGUCUCCCAACGGAGUGCGCGUGUUCCCCCCCGCGCUGGUGCACCGCCACUGCUCCAUCACCUGCCCGCUGUGCCACCGCAGCGUGUCCCUGGACGAGCGAGGGCUCCGGGGCUUCCAGCGCAACCGGCUGCUGGAGGCGAUCGUGUCCCGCUACCAGCAGAGCCGCGCCGCCUCCGUCAAAUGCCAGCUGUGCGACCGCAACCCGGUGGACGCCACGGUGAUGUGCGAGCAGUGCGAUGUGUUCUACUGCGCUCCGUGCCAGCAGCGCUGCCACCCCUCCCGCGGACCGCUGGCCAAACACCGGCUGCUGCCGCCGACUCAAGCGCAGGCGGGGACCGCGCAGCCGGCCGGCGCCUCCGCGCGCGCUCAGGCGACAUGCGUGGAUCACGAAGCCGAGAACUACAGCAUGUACUGCGUCAGCUGCAAGACCCCCGUGUGCUACCAGUGUCUGGAGGAGGGCAAACACGGCAAACAUGACGUAAAGCCCCUGGCCGCUGUGUGGAAACAACACAAGUGUCAGCUGUCCCAGGCGUUGAAUGGAGUGUCUGACAAAGCCAAGGAGGCCAAGGAGUUCCUGGUGCAGCUGAAGAACCUGCUUCAGCAGAUACAGGAAAAUGGGGUUGAAUUUGAGGCAUGUCUGGUCGCUCAGUGUGACUCUCUGAUUGAAGCGCUCACUCGGCAGAAGGCCAAACUGCUCACCAAGGUCACAAAGGAGAAAGAGAGUAAGCUAAAGACUGUGAAGGAUCAGAUAACUCACUGCACCAUGAAGCUACGACAGACCACAGGAAUGAUGGAGUUCUGUCUGGAGGUUAUUAAAGAGAACGAUCCCAGUGGAUUCCUACAGAUCUCAGAUGCAUUGAUCAAGCGUGUCCAGGUGUCUCAGGAACAGUGGGUAAAAGGUGCAUUGGAGCCAAAGGUCUGCCCAGAAUUCGCCUUGACCGUCAACACUGACCCUCUGAUGCAAUCGAUUCUCCAGCUGGACUUCACCCAGAAUAAAGAUGGUCAGGAGGCUGCUUUAUUGAAACAAAUGCAUGCAGGUGACCAGAAAGAGGAGGAGAGCACAGGAGCGGAGUCCCCCACAGUGCCUCCUGCACCACUGUUGCAGUUGGAAAAAUGCUGCAUGUGGAACAACAGUGCCACUCUGGCCUGGAGGAUAACUACAGUCCAAGCCCUGCCUGUAGAGGGUUAUGUGCUGGAGCUUGAUGAUGGGAACAGCGGGCCUUAUCGGGAAGUGUAUGUUGGGAAAGAGACCAUCUGUACAGUGGAUGGCCUUCAUUUCAACAGUUCAUACAACGCUCGAGUCAAAGCGUACAACUCUGCUGGUGUGGGAGCGUACAGCAAGGUUGUCGUUCUGAAGACAUCUGAUGUGGCAUGGUUCACUUUUGAUCCUACCUCAGCUCACAGAGACAUUGUCCUGUCCAAUGAAAACCAGACUGUGACUUGUAACAGUUACGAUGAUCGCGUGGUGCUCGGGACGGCUGCCUUCUCCAAGGGCGUUCAUUACUGGGAACUUAGUGUGGAUCGCUAUGAUAACCACCCCGACCCCGCAUUCGGUGUGGCCCGGAUUAAUACGAUGAAGGACAUGAUGCUGGGGAAGGACGAUAAGGCUUGGGCUAUGUAUGUGGACAACAAUCGCUCCUGGUUCAUGCACAACAACUCCCACACCAACAGAGCUGAGGGUGGCAUCACAAAGGGUUCGACUGUGGGGAUUCUGUUAGACCUGACAAAACAUACCCUGACCUUCUUCAUCAACAAACAGCAGCAUGGACCCAUGGCUUUCGAGAACCUGGAGGGUGUGUUCAUGCCCGCGGUUAGCCUUAACCGCAACGUCCAGGUGACUCUGAUCACAGGUUUGGAAGUCCCAAAGAGCAUCAUGUGAUCAUCUUGGACCAAUGAGAACAAGCCAGAACCUUCUUGUCAAACAAAUCAGUGCUCUUAGACUGCACUGUCAUACUGAUCUUAAUAUUUUUUCCCCUUAUGAUCAUAUGGGUGAUUUGCAUUUUGGUGUUUACGAAUCAAUCCCAUGUUUAUGGAAAAGCAAACCGUGAUGUCCCUAUGGGGGUCGAAGCUGGAGUCGAACCCCAAAGCACUUUGAAAUAAAGUUCUGCCUGUUUUUCAUACCUCCAGCGAAAGAUUAGCAGUUUCAAAAAUCUAAUUUGGAUUAAAACCAAUUUAUCAUCCAUUUGAUGUGUUAGCAAUGGAACGGAGUGAUCAAACCCAACCGAUAGUGAUCAAACAACUGCGAAACUAAAGGUGAAUUUGAAAAUGUUUCAGGUUAAUCUCACAUGCUACAUGAAUCUCAGGUUUAAUCACCUUUAAUGUGCUUCAAAAAACCAUGAAUCUUCGGUGCUGGGAUUGAAAAAGUCCCGGUCAAGCCAAAAGCCCUGCGUCAGAUUAUAGUGAAGUUUACAGUCUAUUCAGUUCACAGUUCUAUGAGAAAAAAUUUAAAUCUGAUUGCUAACAGCACACUUCUGUUGAAUUAGCUGCACAAUCUGAUUCAUAAUUCAUGAUUUUAGCACAAACAGUGCAGGAUGAGUUACAUGCUGAAGUGUAAUACUUAACGUAUGCACUAUUGUCUUGCAAACAGCACUAAAACACACACACACACACACACACACACAAAAAACUCCAGGUUUACAGAAAUGAAAUAAUACCUGCCAUAGACUGUGUCCUCACCACCAAGUCUUGGUGCUUAAUAUGAGCCACAAUUGCGAAUACUUAGCCAGAAUCUCAACUCUGAGGUCUCCUUACACUGUGACCGAUAUAUUCCUUAAGAGUCUUGAAGUUGAAGUGUGCAAUUUCAACGCUAUCUCGCGACCAAUUCAUACAUAUUUUACGAGGUGGCUAAUUCGUACGAAUUUGUACGACCUCCCUCAUACAAUUUUUUCGUAUGAUUUGUCUAGACCCCUGUGGUGGGUAGGUUUAGGGGCGGGGUUAGGUGCACGUCAUUAGUUCAAAUUCAUACCAAUUGUGCAACUCGUAAAAUACGUACGAAUUGCCUUGAGAUCGGGCUGGUAAUUUUCCCUUGUCCCAGCUGAAGUAAGCCAUGUUAGGUUGAUUUCGCAAAAAAAGUGUAAACAUUGUCUCAGAACAUUGCUUUGUUUGUUUUUCUACUCCUAGCAACAACGACUUAACCAAUAGUGAGAGUUUAGGGCGGGGCUAUCUGUAUUUGUGACCAAUGACAAAUGAGUGUAGGGGAAACCUGUUUGAAAACAGUCACUAUUUUUGUAAAUUUAUUUAGUGAUACACUUACACACUUUGACUUUAAAUACAUGACAGACUCAAGCUUCAUACACCUCAUUACAAGUAAAUGAGCACUUCAUGGUUCGAUUUAUCAGUAUUAUUUCCAUCCCGCGCUCUUUAAAGGUUUCCAUGCUUUUUUAGAUUCUGAUGUCGAAAUGUCAAGUCAGAGCAUGUAGUUGGGAGAGAAGAUUGCGUUUGCAUGUUGUACAGCUGUAAAUAUGGUUAAAGCAUUGAAGCGCGCAUGAGUUACACAUUCAUUAUAUUGAGUUUGUUACAGUGUGAUGACUGGAUCAAACAAGAAUACAGCAUAGACGCAGAGUUUGCAAUCUGCCUCCUAGUGUUUGUUGUGUGGAAUUAUUUAUGAUAACAUAGCUUUGCGUUAAAACCCCCAAAAGCUAUGUAACUCCAUAACAGCGCUUUUAUUCUCAUAAAACUGGUCACAUUAAAUGGUAUGAAGAGUCACUUAUGGGCCUUGCAAUAGGAGAUACAAACCUAUGUUCAGUUCAUACCUCUUUUAAAAUUACGAUGGUUUCAGAGUGAAAUGAAAGAUAAAUGUAAGAUAUUUAUGUUUAUUAUCCUGCCCAGACACUUACUUACUGGAUUAUGAGAGCAUAUGAUGACCCAUUGGUGAUGUAAAACAUGGGGUGUUGUUGAUAUUUAUAACACGUUUCUAUGAACAGUGUAAUUAAUGUAAAUAGCUUGAGCUGAUGCUUUUAUUGCGCAAUGAUUACUUAGUUGUCAGAAGUACCAAGCUAAACUGGAACAGCACUAUGUAAAUAAAUAAGAAAUAUUUCAAAAGAGUGGUAACAUGUAAAAAGUUGUGCUUAAAGGAAUGUUCUGGGUUCAGUCAGGGCCAUUGUCUGCUUGGGACAGCUGGGAAUGUUGUUCCAGGUCAUUUAUCAACAUCUUCACACUACUGUGAUGGCUUUUCAAGUAUAAAUCACAGAAAAAAGAUUUUUUUUUUGCAGUAAAACACCAACACAAGAACCAGUACAAUCUCAUGGCAGUUUGUAACUGUUUUGGCAAAAUGGUGACUUAUUCAUAUGAAUUUAUUAAAUCUCAUAAGUUUUCAAAGGAUCUAUUUAUGCCCCAGUGAUGGCUAUAUUUAUUAUUAAAUUAAUAAAAUUAAUUUAAUGCAUUUAGCAGACACUUUUAUCCAAAGCAACUUACAAAAUAUUCAAGAUAACAAUUUUCUCCUAACCUGUGUUCCCUGGGAUUCAAACCCACAACAUUGCGCUUGCUAGCGCAAUGCAUUACCACUUGAGCUACAGGAACACUAUAUUUAGGGGUAGGGUUAGAGAUGGACAUUCAUGCUUACUUUUUCAUUAAAACUUUUUAUAUUUUCCCAUUGUACAAAUUCAUAUGAAACCACUACCUGCCAAAGCGAUUGGGCUGUAACAUACACAAUGACAGAAACCUUACACAUGUUAACAUGAGCCCUGAGCAUGUUGAGUCCAACACAAGACCAAAUGUAACCUCCAUAGAAGUUUCUAUAUGUUUAUUACAUAUCUCUGUAUGUAGUGCCAGUAUACGAAAAGCACCCAUAUACAAAGAUGUAAUGUGGAUUAAAUAGAUGUUUUCUGAGACCUGGCAUGGAUCAAAAACAUAAUUUUUAUUCUCCGUUCAUGUUUUUUCAUGUUCACAGCCAAUUUUUGCUAAUGGCCUUAAUUAUAGAUGAUGAGGCAGAAAGUCAUGUGACUGAAACAGAUGAAUAGCUGAACUUUGAACAUUCCUUUAAAUCCAGUUUACAAUGACUGUUUGGGUGACGCCUGCAAAACUGCCGUCCUUCCAAAAGGAUCUAUACUGCCGAAUUAAUUUUUUUAAUAUCACAAUGAUCCUUUUUUGUUUGUAUUAAAGUAUAUUUAAAAUUUGAUGUCCGUGUACAUAACAGAAUCACUGCUCGUGUAUUGAAUAUGAAACAAAAUUCAGUCAAAGAGCAGUUUGCUGAGACUGGAAUAAUGCCAACA